AUAACCAUAGGUGUACCUUUACCCUACUGUAGCUCUGCAGAGACUGCAGUCUGUGUGGUGAUCACAUUGUAACGCUCACCAUGGCAGACAUGAAGAUUUGCAGUGUCCUUGUAACUGGAUCUAACCGUGGCAUCGGGCUGGAGCUGAUUAAGAAAUUCACAAGCCAGUCAAAACCUCCAGAGAAAAUCUUUGCAACAUGCAGAGACCCAGAUAGUUCCCGGGCAGAGGAGCUAAGGAAUUUGGCUUUGAAACACAGCAAUGUUGUGCUGCUCCAGCUAGAUGCCACUAAUGCUGACAGUGUAAAAGGAACCGUAACCCAAGUUGAAAAACACCUGAAUGGCUCCGGGCUAAAUCUGCUAAUUAACAAUGCUGGAAUUAUGUCACGUGUAGACCUACAAAACGUGGAUUGUGAUGACAUGAUCAAUGUUUUCAAAACAAAUGUGGUUGGGCCGCUGCAAGUAAGCCAGGCUUUUUAUCCAUUGCUGAAAAAAUCUGCAGCAGAUCAUGCACAUGAAGCAUUAGGUUGCAGGAGGGCUGCUCUGGUAAACAUGUCUUCUGUGCUGGGUUCGAUUGACAAAACCUCAAUAACCUUUGAUGUAUCCAAACAAGUAAUAUCCUACAGAGUCAGCAAGGCUGCACUUAAUAUGCUUACUCGUUGUCAAGCUGAAGGAUAUAAAAAUGAUGGCAUUCUGUGCACAGCCAUUCAUCCAGGCUGGGUCAAAACAGAUAUGGGAACGCAGAGGGCAUUACUGACUACAGAUGAAAGUGUGACUGGAAUUAUAAAUGUUUUAAGUUCCCUUUCUGAGAAACAGAACGGCAAUCUAGUGAGCUGGGAUGGAAAUGUUAUUCCUUGGUGACACUCUUGAUUCUGCUGUGACCUAAAUCUAAGCACAUGGUAGACAACUGUUUUUAUCUACACAAACCGUCUGUGGCUUGUUAUGCCUCAGUAAUGUAAACCAAUCAGAUUUUUGUGAAAUGCUAUUUUCUGUACCUCAGUAAAUAAAAGCACAUUAAUAAUU